UGGGGACAUAGACAUUUAAUUCAUACAUCAUACUGCUUGUUCGCAACAAAGGACACAUAACUAACAAUUACAAAGGAAUGUAACUCAAAUAGAACAAGUAUUAAUAACAUUGAGUCCCACUCAUGUUAAAGCAUACAUGAUUUAAACAAAUAAUUUCAUUAAUUAAUAAUUAUUUUGUUUGUGUUCAAUUUUAUGAAUACUGUUAACUUAAUAGUGUAAAAUUAAGCAUCUUUCUGCUUAAAAAAAUAUUAUUUACAAACAUGAUGAUGACAUCAUUAAUAGAUGAAAAUCUCUGUCCUCUGAGCACAACAUUUAGUUUAGGAAAAAUGAGCUCACAAAUAUAUGUUACAGCUUUCUAUUAAAUCUAGUUCUUUAGAAACUACAUUGGUUUCUCAUCAAGUUUAAUUGUCCCUGGGUUCAGCUGUUAUAUAAAAACACUAAAUAACUCGGUCAAGAUGAACAGUGGACUUUAUUACACUUGAUAGCGUAUAUCAUAUAUUAAAUUUUCUUUUGUUGUCUGGAUGUUUAAGUUGCAACAUGUGAAUUCUUAUGUUCUUUUUUCUUCUAUUGGAUCUGACAAGAAUACAAAUAGAAUAGCUCAUGUUCAGGAUUCUAUUUACUGUGCAGUUGCUGUUUGGUCACUGGCUCAAGUUUAUAAGUAGAAAAGUUCAAAUCCAAUUAAGUCCAGCAUAUGCCCUGCACUCUACAUUUGAUCUUGUCACUGGUUACCCAGCAUACAGAGGCAAAGAAUAUGAACAUUUGCAAAGUUGCACUAUAUCUCCAGGAUUACCAGUAAAUAGAAAUACUGUUUCAGGGAUUCAUUCAACAGAUGAAGUCAACUUCAUACAGAAUCUAGUUUUUUAUGUGGAGAGAGCUUAUAGAACACCUGACUAUGAGCUUAUAGAACACCUGGGAAAGAGGAAAUAUAACAAUAAAAGCACAGAGAUUCAUGCCAGUUGGCAUUGCUAGAGCAGCAUUAAGGCAGUCAAUGAAUGCAACUUAUUUGGUGAGCAUGGAGCCACCUGGUCUGGGAUUUUUGUUAAUAUUGAUGCCCACCACAGGAACAGAACAAUCUUACCCUGGGAAUCAAACUCUGAGAACACUGAUGCCUCUCUUCUAUUGAGUGUAAGUUGGCCUGCAUUAGCCAUAAAUGAAGAUGAUGUUAGAAUGAAAACAAUUGAGAAGGUCCUUCACAACUUUGGUAUCAAACAUUUUCCUAGAGAUAGGUACAAAACAGCUAUAGAGGACAAAAAUAGAAAGUAUUACCGCCCUGCUGAAAUAAAGGUGCAUUUCAACUAAGCAC